GUGCAUGCACGUGUGUGUCACAAGUGUGGCUGCUUGUACUUGUCCAGAGUUAGUGCUACCCCACGUAGAUGUCAAGAGGGCGUUUAUGAACACCCACACAAACUCAAACUCCCAGCCGGCCGGUCCAUCGUUUAACUUUUUUUGGCAUGACGCGGCCAGAGCAACACCCUUGAUUAAACACUGACGAUAAUACAGCCAUGACUUCCCGGCGUUAUUGACGUGAUGACAUCAUCAAGCGCUAUGGAGGGCGACAUCAUCCCAGAGCCCUAUACAGGGCUAGGUGCCCAGCCUCUUCUUCAACACCACCCCCCGCGUCACACGGGCUUUCUACGGAAGAGAGGCAAACGGGAACGCAUGUUGGAAAGCUUCCGUCUGACCAGGCCAUUGCUUGGCAGGGUUCUACGAUGGCGGCAGAGAUUUGUGGUGAUAUCCCAGGGGUGUAUAUACUGCUACUCCAGUGAAACAGCCGGGCGACCUCUUCAGGCGUUCACACUGAAGGGAUACAACAGGUUACUGGCAAUGGAUGAGGAACCAUCAACUCCCUGGGCAUUCAGAAUUUCCUCCCCUGACGAAACAGCGAAGGUUCAUUACUUCUCCUGCGUCAGCGACGUGGAUCGAAUGACUUGGAUGAAGGCUUUUCGCGAGGAGAUGAUGCUCGCCAACAAAGUGAAGGAUGACCGUUUCAGUGCAGGGUCCGUGGCGUCCACCAGCUCCUCCAAAGACGUCUACGUCAUGCUCCAUAAGCCUAUAUUUGAACCCCCACAGAGUGAGGACAGUGAUGAGGAUUCCGACGAAGAGGAAGACGACUCCGACUACGACCAAAUAAACGACUUAGACCUGGAGAAGGCCAGGCGACCACGGAUACCUCUACCUCCAACCCCCGAUGACCCAGCAUAUAAGGAGGUCACAAAGGAGGACCGGAAAGCCCCAGAGAAGAAACCAUUACCAACGCCACAUAAACCAAAGUCGGAGAAGCACACGUACAUCAACUCGCCAAAGCAUACAAGUACAAAGACUAACAGUCUUCCGGCGCAAGCGUCUUCCUUGCCAGCUAAAUCAGCUGCGCCGAAGGCGAAAGCUAUAUCUGAGGCAAAACAAGCACUACAACCACCUAAACCCAAGACGAAGCCUAAACCAACAUCGCCCACUGUGCCAUCGGAGAAAGAGUACUUCUUCCCUGAAAGUGACAGAGACAAAGCACUGUCUAUUCUACGAGAGCAGAAUGACCAAGGGACGUAUCUUGUGCGGAAGUCCCGUACGAAUGACCAGAAGGUGCUUUCUGUAAUGACCGAAGAUGCCGUCAUCAAGGAAUACAAAAUUUUGCAAAAGGAGAAACAGGUUACGAUUAACAACCGCGACUACUACAAGUCUGUGGGAGAUCUACUCGUUGCCUAUCAUGCGAAGCCACUACCGAACAGAACCACUUCUUUAGGGAGAGCGUAUAGUUCCACGGAUCUCCGACCGUGAGGGAUCUCCAUGACUGGGCAGAUACUGGCCACGUCUCAUGGUUACAGAUUUAUAGACAUUUAUUUGCUCAACAACUUGGAUGACCGGGGUUAUUAUGACGCGUCUAUGGAGUCGACUGAGAUAGUUUCCCUUCAAGAUACAGGGUUGUCUCCCUUCCUGGAGAGUGCAUCCAGACUGUGGUCUUGUGUUGUGGAUACACCAUAACAAUUUCAUCAAUAUAUAAUAUUUUUUCUCGUCAACUUUAGGGAAGUCAUAGGUGCCACAGAGAUUCAACCACGCUUGUUCUAAUGCCUGUUAGUAUUUUUUGUCUUAAUGGAAAUCUCGUGUCACAUCGAGACCUAUUUGCGCUCUUGUAUACGUUUUACCACUUGUUGGAGACGAUGUACUGAUAGAAACCAUUCGUAACCAACUCCUGCCAUUCCGGGACUAUCCGAAUGGAGACUCGUGCCCUUCUCGAAGAAUUCCAUAUUGGCGCCCUUUGUCACCAGUCUCACCUUUCCGUUAUAUACAACAUGUUUAGAUCGUCAUGUUUAGCACGAUGAAGGGAAAGCUUUGUCUUUGUACAUGUUUAGAUAUGUUUAGCACGAUGAAGAGAGAGCUUUGUCUUUGUACAUGUUGAGAUCGUUAUGUUCAGCACGAUUAAGGGAAAGCUUUGUCUUUGUACAUGUUUAGAUCGUCAUGUUUAGCACGAUGAAGGGAAAGCUUUGUCUUUGUACAUGUUUAGAUCGUUAUGUUCAGCACGAUGAAGGGAAAGCUUUGUCUCUGUACAUGUUAAGAUCGUUAUGUUUAGCACGAUGAAGGGAAAGCUUUGUCUUUGUACAUGUUUAGAUCGUCUUCAGCACGAUGAAGGUAAAGCUUUGUCUCUGUACAUGUUUAGAUCGUCAUGUUUAGCACGAUGAAGGGAAAGCUUUGUCUUUGUACGUGUUUAGAUCGUCAUGUUUAGCAAGAUGAAGGGAAAGCUUUGUCUCUGUACAUGUGUAGAUCGUUAUGUUUAGUCACAAUAAAGAGAAAGCUUUGUCUUUGUACACGUUUAGAUAGUCUUCAGCACGAUGAAGAGAAAGCUGUGUCUUUGUACAUGUUUAGAUCGUCAUGUUUAGCACGAUGAAGGGAAAGCUUUGUCUUUGUACAUGUUCAGAUCGUUAUGUUCAGCACGAUGAAGGGAAAGCUUUGUUUUUUAACAAGUUUAGAUCGUUAUGUUCAGCACGAUGAAGGGAAAGCUUUAUCUUUGUAAAUGUUUAGAUCGUCUUCAGGACGAUGAAGGGAAAGCUUUGUCUUUGUACAUGUUUAGAUCGUCAUGUUUAGCACGAUGAAGGGAAAGCUUUGUUUUUGUACAUGUUUAGAUCAUUAUGUUCAGCACGAUGAAAGGAAAGCUUUGUCUUUGUACAUGUUUAGAUCGUCAUGUUUAGCAUGAUGAAGGUAAAGCUUUAUCUUUGUACAUGUUUAGAUCGUUAUGUUCAGCACGAUGAAGGGAAAGCUUUAUCUUUGUACAUGUUUAGAUCGUCAUGUUUAGCACGAUGAAGGGAAAGCUUUGUUUUUGUACAUGUUUAGAUCAUUAUGUUCAGCACGAUGAAAGGAAAGCUUUGUCUUUGUACAUGUUUAGAUCGUCAUGUUUAGCACGAUGAAGGGAAAGCUUUAUCUCUGUACAUGUUUAGAUCGUUAUGUUUAGCACGAUUAAGGGAAAGCUUUGUCUUUGUACGUGUUUAGAUCGUCAUGUUAAGCACGACGAAGAGAAAGCUUUGUCUCUGUACAUGUUUAGAUCGUCAUGUUUAGCACGAUGAAGAGAAAGUUUUGUCUUUGUACAUGUUUAGAUCGUCAUGUUUAGCACGAUGACUAGAAAGCUUUGUCUUUGUACGUGUUUAGAUCGUCAUGUUAAGCACGACGAAGAGAAAGUUUUGUCUUUGAACAUGUUUAGAUCGUCAUGUUUAGCACGAUGACUAGAAAGCUUUGUCUAUGUACAUGUUUAGAUGGUAAGAGAAAACUUUGUGCAAACACAAACCGAUCCAAGUAUGAACAAGACCUGCGUUCCCUUUAUCUCAUGGAAUAGUGUUAUGUUGAUAUCUAUACUUCAUUGAUGCAUAUUCUGACAAGGAUUGCUGUAUAAACAGACUAUGUGUGUCUACAAUUCUCGCAGUUAAGCCAACUCGGACACAGAUUCCCCACAACAGAUUAAGUUGAAAAAAAGAGACAGUGAUAUUGUAAUGUGAGAAUCUCAGAGAAUGGGGCCAAAUACUUGUUCUUAUUGUACGUUUUAAUUCCGCCGUAUCCCUGUGAAAAACACUCAUCCUGUAAGUGUAUAUUGUCCUCCUUAUACAUGAUAUUGACCCUACGGGAAGAUAUGAUGGUAAUUAUCUCUUAAUAAUAUAAUGUCAUUCUUAAAAUAAUCGAAAUUUAAGAUCAUAGUUUAAGAAACCGCGUAGAAAUACAAUGCCUGAGUGAACUGCCCAUUUAAAAGGAUAUUGUUCCAAAUGAUUUGUGCUACGCCGAAUUUAAAUGAUAAUGUUCCAAAUGACUUGACGCCACGCCACAUUAAUGAUGAUAUCGUUCUUAAUUAUUUGUGCCACGCCCAUUUAUAAUGAAAUUGUUCCAAAUGAUUUGUGUCACGCCAAUUUAUAAUGAUAUUGUUCCAAAUGAUUUGUGCCAUGCCCAUUUAUAAUGAUAUUGUUCCAAAUGAUUUCUGCCGCGCCCAUUUAUGAUAUUGUUCCAAAUGAGUUGCAGACACUCCCCAUUUAUAAAGAAUUCGUUCCAAAUGCGUUGAAGCCACGCCCCAUUUAUAAUGAUAUUGUUCCAAAUGAUUUGUGCCACGCCCAUUUAUAAUGAUAUUGUUCCAAAUGAUUUGCAGCCAUGCCUUUUUUAUAAUGAUAUUGUUCCAAAUGAUUUGUGCCAGGCCCUUUUAUAAUGAUAUUGUUUCCCCCAGGAUGGUGAUGUCACGCCCUGAUAUUGUUUCCUCUAGUAUGGUGAUGUCACACCGUGAUAUUCUUUCCCCCAGGAUGGUGAUGACACGCCGUGAAAUUCUUUUCCCCAGGAUGGUGAUGACACGCCGUGAUAUUCUUUCCUCCAGGAUGGUGAUGUCACGCCGUAAUAUUGUUUCCUCCAGUAUGGUGAUGACACGCCGUGAUAUUGUUGUUUUCCAAGAUGGUGAUGUCAGCCCAAGAGACAGGCCAAGGAUUUGAACUACGAAUCCAGUCGACCAAUUGGACCUGCAACUUAGGCAAAUAUUAUCGAAUAUCUUGGGGGAUAUAUGCUCAACGAAGAAUAGACUGUUUCGGUCGUAUGUUUAUGUUUAAACAGAAGUAUUAUUAUGGCAUCAUUCAUAUUCAUAAUGUUAAAAUGUCAGUAGUUUAACAUCCUCGUGCCAUUACUUUUCGUCGCAAGUGAUCCAUAAGAUGAGUAAUUAUACAAAAGUAUGUAGAAGAUAGUGGUCGUUCUUGUGAAUAAAAGAAGGGUCCCAUUCACUUUCAGAUAUAAUGUACA